AGUAUAUGCCUCACGACACAUUUCUUAGAAUUUUGAAAAAAGGUCCAUUUCAUAUAUCUCUAGCUAAAACACUUGCUUGUCAUCUUAUUCAUAUAUUAGCAACUCUUCAUAAUCAUCAAGUAGCUCAUUGUGACAUUAAGCCUGAAAAUAUACUUAUAGCCGCAAAUUAUCAAAUAAAAUUAUGUGAUUUUGGAUUUGCUCGAAUAACUUAGUAAUUGUCAAGACCUCCUGGUGGAACACCUGGUUAUACAGCACCAGAAAUUUAUAAAGGAAAUAAUUUAGAUUUAUUUAAAUGUGAUAUAUUUGCUUUAGGAGUUGUCAUAUUUAUUAUAGUAAUGGGUUUUCCACCUUUUUAAAGUAAUGAUCCUACUUUAAGAGAUUAAUGGUGGAAUAUGAUAUUGACUAAAUAAUAUGACAUUUUUUGGAAAAAAUGUGAAUAAUAUAAAUAACAAAAAUAUCCUUAAGAAUUUAAGGAUAUGAUUAUGCAAAUGUUGGAUCCUGAUCCUGAUAAAAGGAUUAGUAUUGUCUAAUUAAUUUAGCAUUCUUUUUUAUAAAAUGGAGCAUCACAUGAACAAAUCGUUUAAGAAGUUCAAAAGAGAGUAAAAAAAUGA